AUGGCCAUGGGUGGUGAAAGUAAUUACUAUGACUUACUUCGCGUGGACAAAAGCGCUACUACAGCUGAUAUCAAGAAAGCUUUCCGAAAAUUAGCGCUCCAUUAUCACCCGGACAAGAACAAGGAUCCAGCAGCAGGUGAAAAGUUUCAGGAAAUUUCACACGCUUAUGAAGUUUUGUCUGAUCCGCAGAAGAGACAGCAUUACGAUGUUUUUGGCAAGGAAAGUAAUCAGUUUGACCGAACAAUUUUCGCUGAUUUUGAAGGAAUGUUCAGAGAUUUCGCAAGAAAUAUGUUUCAUUUUCAGCACGAAGCCCAUAACGCCAAGAAAGACUUUAAGCGCGAGUCUUUUGGAUUUUAUGAUUUUCUUGAUGAACCAAAUGUGCACUUUCAUCACCCUAAUGAUCACUACCAAAGGAUAGAAUUCAAUGCAUUAAUGGAUAUGAGGGAAGCAUUUAACUCCUUGUGUAACAGAUCUGCUACACAAGUUUUCGAGAUAAGUGAUAGUUUGUUGAACCAAAUAUGA